AGGGACGACUUUCAAGCAGGCAGUUCCGUAGCCAGGCGCAAUUGCUGGGUCCUCAAACAGCUGCUUCCGAUUGGCUGCCUGCGGAUCCGCUUGACAACCGCAAAGACACAGAGAGAGACUGAGAAAAAGCGGCGCGGCCCAAGGAGCGACAUUGUGAGCUGGCUGUAAGGAGAGGAAAGGCGCUUUCACAGUGGAAGUCAUCGGGUAUUUUGCCCGACAACACAAACGGAGAACACGGAGCGGGUGGAGCCUGACGGGGCACUGGAGCGCCGGACUAACGGGGAAGGGAGUCAGACCACUGCAAUGACAGCUGAGGAAACGAUUAAUGUGAAAGAGGUGGAGAUUACGAAGUUAAUUUUAGACUUCUUGAAUGCCAAAAAGCUGCACAUUAGCAUGCUUGCUCUUGAAAAAGAGAGUGGGGUGAUAAAUGGACUGUACUCUGAUGACAUGCUAUUUCUCAGGCAACUGAUCUUAGAUGGACAAUGGGAUGAGGUCCUUCAAUUUAUCCAGCCUCUGGAGUGUAUGGAGAAGUUUGACAAAAAAAGGUUUCGCUAUAUUAUUCUGAAACAGAAAUUUUUGGAGGCACUUUGUGUCAACAAUGCAAUGUCAGCAGAGGAGGAUCCAAACCAUCUUGAAUUUACAAUGCAAGAAGCUGUUAAGUGCCUGCACACAUUGGAAGGAUAUUGUUCCUCUAAGGAGGAUUACAGCAAGCUGUGUCUACUUCUCACCCUUCCACGGUUAACUAAUCAUACAGAGUUCAAAGACUGGAACCCCAGCACAGCUCGCGUACACUGUUUUGAGGAGUCAUGUGUAAUGGUGGCAGAAUUUAUUCCUGCUGAUCGCAAGCUUAGUGAAGCUGGAUUUAAAGCUAGUAAUAAUAGACUAUUCCAGCUAAUUGUGAAAGGACUUCUGUAUGAGUGCUGUGUGGAGUUUUGCCAAAGCAAGGCAACUGGGGAAGAAAUCCCUGAGAGUGAGGUACUGUUAGGGAUAGAUCUUUUAUGUGGCAAUGGCUGUGAUGAUCUAGACUUGAGUCUCCUCUCUUGGCUCCAGAAUUUGCCCCCUGGUGUUUUCUCCUGUGCUUUUGAGCAGAAGAUACUGAACAUCCAUGUAGAUAAGCUAAUGAAGCCUAGUAAAGCUGCAUAUGCAGAUCUCCUUACUCCUCUCAUCAGCAAGCUUUCCCCGUAUCCAUCAUCCCCCAUGAAGCGCCCCCAGUCAGCUGAUGCUUACAUGUCUCGCUCUUUAAACCCAGCUCUGGAUGGCCUAACAUGUGGACUAAGUGGCCAUGACAAGAGAUCAGUAGAACCAGGAAACAAGACAUCCCCCAUGUCCCACUCCUUUGCAAAUUUUCACUAUCCCGGUGUGCAGAACCUCAGCCGCAGCCUCAUGCUAGAGAGCACUGACUGUCACAGUAUAUAUGAAGAAUCAUCAGAAAGGAGUGAAACACCUCAAGAUAAGGAAAACCCAAACAGUAGUGAGACCAUUUGCGAGAAUGUCUCUCCGGAAAAUGACCAACAGAAUGCUGGGGGAAAUGAAGAGCAAAGCAAUCCAGAGAGAAAUGAGCUUCGAGAAUCCACAGAGCAGUUUGAGGAAUAUUAUCGUCAGAAAUUACGCUACCAGCAACACCUGGAACAGAAGGAACAGCAGAGGCAGCUUUACCAACAAAUGCUCGUUGAGGGAGGUGUAAACCAGGCUGAAGAAGCAGAACAUCCACAGAAUCUCACUGAGCAGUUUCUCAACAGGUCCAUCAAAAAGUUGGGAGAACUGGGGAUGGAGCCCCCUGAGGAAGAAAUUCAACCUAAGAACAUACUACAUAAUGGCCCCAGGGAAAGCAGCAUUACUGCCUCUAAUGGUAUCUCCCCACUGGGUUCAGCAGUGCUACAGAGGGGCAAUCAACAGCCUGAUGGUCAGAGCAUUAAUACCAGCACACCUCACAAACGAGGAGCCACCAGCUACAUUCCUUUUCCAGAGGAGUCUCCAGUAUUUGGAAGCGCAAAUAGUGCAACAGAACAGGUGCAAUUCGAAGAUUCUUCUGGCACUGGAGGCAGAAGAUGUACAGAGGCUGACAAGAAGCAGAAGCAGCAGUUUGUCUGCCUAACCACCCUGGAGGACACCCAGGCAAUUCGUGCUGUAGCCUUCCAUCCUAGCGGUUCUCUGUAUGCUGCGGGGUCCAACUCCAAAACACUGAGAGUCUGUGCAUACCCUGAUGUGAUUGACACUAGUGUUGCAAGCGGUCCCACGCAGCCCACAGUUCGGUUUAAGAGGAACAAGCACCACAAAGGCUCCAUUUACUGUGUGGCUUGGAGCCCUUGUGGCCAGCUGUUGGCCACUGGCUCCAAUGAUAAAUACAUCAAAGUGUUGCCUUUCAGUGCUGAAACCUGCAAUGCAACAGGUCCAGACCUGGAGUUCAGCAUGCAUGAUGGUACUAUAAGGGAUCUGGCUUUUAUGGAAGGACCAGAGAGUGGUGGGGCCAUACUAAUCAGCGCAGGUGCUGGAGACUGUAACAUCUACACUACAGACUGCCAGCGAGGUCAAGGCCUCCAUGCACUCAGUGGACAUACAGGGCAUAUCCUGGCACUUUACACAUGGGGCGGCUGGAUGAUUGCAUCUGGAUCCCAGGACAAAACGGUACGGUUUUGGGACCUACGAGUACCCAGCUGUGUGCGAGUUAUUGGAACAACUUUCCAUGGAACUGGCAGUGCGGUGGCCUCAGUAGCAGUUGAUCCUAGUGGGAGACUUCUUGCUAGUGGACAAGAGGAUUCCAGCUGCAUGCUGUAUGAUAUCAGAGGAGGCCGCAUGGUGCAGAGCUAUCAACCACACUCCAGUGAUGUUCGUUCUGUUCGCUUUUCACCUGGAGCUCAUUACCUUCUCACUGGUUCCUAUGAUAAGAAGGUCAAAGUAACAGACUUACAAGGUGACCUUACAAAGCCGCUUCCCAUCAUUGAAGUAGGUGAGCAUAAAGACAAGGUGAUCCAGUGUCGAUGGCAUACACAAGACCUCUCCUUACUCUCUUCUUCUGCUGACAGAACUGUAUCACUGUGGACUUACAAUGUAUAGAUCAGGACUUCACCCAGUCCAAGCUUGCACUCUGAAAAUAGGUCACAAUGCAGAUGAACCCAACAGAACCACCGGGAAGGCCUGCAAUUCAGCACCUGCAGCCUCCGAAACCUGAAUUAGAGUGCAAUGUGAGGAAGCGAAUUGUGGGUAUUUUUUGUAAUAUAUUGUGUCACCAAGGAUGCAGGUGAUUGAGACUCCUUUCUGGCUCCGUAUUCACCAAUGCCGUACAUAAGUAUGAGGCAGAGAAAGUCUUAAGUGGUUACGAGGAAAAGCAGAAGGCACUGGAAUCAAAUUCAUAUGUGCUGCAGCAUCUUACAUUACACCACAAAUAAAUUAUUAUUGGCUCAUUAUUUAGCAUUUUAUAGACCUGCUUCUAUUUUUUUUUCUUGUCACUAUCAAUUCAUCUGCGAAGAUGCAGCACUGAAAGGACCAGGAACACAAUUAAAUAUGGGUGUCAAAAUCAUAACUACAUUGUUUUGAACAAGGGCUGUCCUUUGCCCUGGAAUACGAAAAUAAGAAAAUGCCCUUCUCUAUUAUAACAGAGUGUUUCACAUGGGGAUCUGAAGCCCUAGACUAGAAAAGAGGGUAACCCCUGUUCCACCAGAAUGGCAUCCUGCUGACUGGUAGAGACUCUUGAAAAGUUGUAGUUCACACAUUAAUGUAAUUCAAUCAUCUCUGCCUUAGACAAUUAUAUGCUUUAAUUUGUUUUAUUGUACUCCUCCAUUAAUAACUAUUUAAUCCCCACCGAAUUACUACAUGUAAGUGAAAAGUUCAUUUUGGGUUUGUGUCCGUUUGGAACAGUUUAGUAUUUUACAUAUAUUUUAUUUUUGCUCUGUUUACUAGGUGUAUUUUAAUUGGUUAAACGGAGUGUUUUAUAUAUGAGAUUCCAACCCCAAUAGCUGCCUAGCUCUGUAUAAUGUUGUUCAAGGAAGUGUACAGCUGCUUUAUUUCUAGCAUCAUGGCUGAUUAUAAAGUUCAAACCUUAGGCAAUAAAGGGAGAUAUAGCUGGAAAUGAUUUAAAGGGAAAAUUAAAAUGAAGAUGGUUAUUUGUGUUGCCCUGUGCUUUAUUUACACUCAUACAUACACCCACUCUUUCUCUCUCACACACACACUCGCUCUCACACACACAUGCUUUAACCCUUCAGUUAGAGACACUUUGCAUGAUUGUUGAAGUGCAGCCAAUCAUUUACAGAGCUGUAUGUGUGAUUUUAUGAUGUGUAUGUGCUGCUAGAAAUAUUCAGUGUUGGGGUUUUUAUUUCAUGAAGUACAAUGUCUCUAUAAAUAUAUGCAAAAAUACAUGCUAUCAGUAGGGCCACUUUGCAGCUGACAAUGAAGGGUUCUUCUCUGACUGAAUUUUCAGGGUUAGGGAAAGUCGUACUGUAUAAUUCAGUGGCUCCCAGUGACUGCAACUGAAAAUACCAUUUGCGCAUGAUGCUUUUCUUGGUGCAUGAGGCAUUUCAUUUCCCCUGCUCUCACUACACAUAAAAACGUGGAUUGUUGUUUUUUUUUGUUUUUUUUUUCGUUCCUGCACUUUCCUUAUAUUUUAUAUUGAUCUCUUCUGCCUUAGAGUCUUUAUGGCAAUGUAAGAUGUAUAUUCGCUACCCUGUAAAUUCUAAUCUUUCUAGACCAUUUAUGUUCAUACUGUAUAUUUUUAUUUUUGUUAAAUUAUAGACCUUUUUAGGUCAUUUUAUUUAUUUAAUAUGUCUUAUUAUGCGUUUCUGCUCUUUUAAUAUACUAAAUGCAUUGUGCACUGUAUGCAGAGUUUGACCUGUUGUGUAAAGUGCCACUGUCAUAAUGGAAGUGUAUAUGUGCAAAUAUAUAUCAUCCACUUAUCCGUGUUUAGCCUCAACGUCCAAUAUGACAGCAACAUGAUGUAAAAUGUUUAUAGGACAUGUGACAAUAACAGUGUGCUAUUAAAGCUAAAUAACAAUAAAUGUAGAAUUAGG